AUGGUUGCAACCUUCUCGCCGCACCGGGACUCGGGCGGCACGCUCCAUCUGCCAUCGCACUCGGGCAUCCAUCACGUUGACGCCAGCUCGGCCAUCCGACAGCUACGGCGCUCCUUGUCGCGCUCGCCUUCAAAGAGCUCCAACUUCUUCCUCAAUUCGCGCACCCAGUCUCCCUCCAAGUCUGCGCCAUACAUCUCAUCACCACUGUCCCCUUCGCGGCGGUCCACGCAGAACAACUUUGUUCUCUUCCCAACCUCCGCUCAUCAAUCUCCUCUCGCCGUGCCUUAUCCCCCAAGCGCGAAGAUCUCCAGGCCGGCAAUGCGUCGACGAACAUCGCCCCGGAGUCCGGCCAGACGCGCCCUCAAUGUCUCGACAGACGGUGGCAACGCGACACCAAACCAGCCCAUCUCAUCACUCCCGGGGGAAGAAAAUGUCUUGUCUGUCGAAGACCUGCUUGUGCCCGAAAGUACCACCCCUGAAAGCCCAUGUGCGCACAACUCUCCAUCUGCUCUUGAGCCAGGCUCUGCAUCUCGAUCAACAAUGUCGCGCAUUGAGAAGCGACGGAGUGGGACGUUCGGAGCGUAUGCAACCGGUAGUCCCUUGAAGCGCAGCGACGGCAUCAUGAACUUGGACCAAGCUUCCCGCGGCAGUCCAUCGGCGAAGCGGCGCAGUGUACACAUGCCCAAUUUCUCGGCGGACUUCAAUAUUUUCGACCAUGAUAACGAAAACACUUCGGGGCCAUCUCCCCCAGGAACUGAUAUCCCGUCCUUCCCCACUCCUAUCCAACCGUUCAGUCCGUUUGCUACCAUUCCAAAGCGCUCUUCAUCUCUUCGGCGGUCUACUCUACAGCAACGUCAGGGUGAGCGAUCACUCUUUGGUCGAUCCAAGCAGACGGGAGACUCUCCUGAGGCAUCUCAACCGGGUACCCCUUUGACAGUUCGGCCACGCAUGUCAUUUGACAGCAGCCUGUUCCAGGCCGGUCAAGAGAACAUCUUCUCGCCCCGGCCUGUCCCAGCCAGCCCUCUGUUUUCUGCCAAUCCAACUGCCCCGGCACCACAACCCAGUCGCCCCGCCGCCCAUCCUCUUUCCCGGACCAUCACCCAGUCCUCCUCGGGGUCAAGCCUCGAUGACUCGCCUACCCAUGAACCGAUGCACAAACCCGAGCGCCCACGGCAGAUCUUCAGUUUCUCCAAAUCUCUCCCAGCUGGUGCCACUCGGCCUGCUCCUGUCCGCCGAGUGACUCGAGAGGAGUCGACUUCCUCCGCAGAGUCUUUUGCGACGCCAGAAAACUACAAGCUGGUGAAGCCGUUACCGGCGGCAUUCAUGUCGACUGGGCUUAUCUCAAAGAAAAACCGCAAUGCUGAAGAGCCUCAAAAUGGCGGUUUCAAUAAGAACAUGCCUGAUACUCCAUGCAAGCGGCCUGUCAAUCUUUUUGCUGCGGGCCCAAACCCUCCACCGGAGCGACUCUUUGACAAGUCCCGGCUCCUUCGGCAAUCUGAUGCUGUGCCCUCAUCCCCAUUCAACCCUCCCACCACGGCACGUCCCAAGCCGGGGCCCUUCGCCCGGGGUAUGGGCAUUUUUGGCAACACCUUCAGUCGGCCUGAGGCUUCACGCCGUAGCAGUUUUGUGAGCGUUGACGGCGACGAGUUGUCACAAGCUCAAUCUCCGUCCUCCCGGAAUGACAACCUGCCGUUCACUGAAACCGAUUUCCCCCCACUCCUACGAAGCAGACAUUCCUACCCUCUCGGACCUACCCCCCUCCAACUGCUCAAAUCGCGUCUCUUGAACGGCUAUCGGACACGAAGGCAAUUCCUCGAGGCGUCACCUCGAACGCCUCGUGAUCAAUUCUUUCCUCCCGACCCAAGUGGGUUGUCGAUCUCGGUGCCAAACGAGCAACAUCACUCCAUGCAGCCUGACUUGGACAACACCAAUUUCCCUGCCACCCCGACUGGGCCACGCGACUCUUUUUCUUCGUCCAACAAACUUCCUAGUCUUCAAAUGAGCGGCUAUCAUAUCCCCGACGUGGACCCGAGCUUAACAUCGCGGUUUGAGAAGGUUGAAUUGAUCGGAACUGGAGAGUUCUCCCAAGUCUAUCGUGUCUCUCAAUCACAUAAUCAGACCCUUCCGUCUGUCUUCUCUCUUCCGUCAAGCGAGCCCAAGUCUCCUACCGCUCUACCGCAUCAAGUCUGGGCUGUCAAAAAGAGCAAACAGCCGUAUUCCGGCCUGAAGGAUCGCGAACGGCGCAUUCGGGAAGUGGAUGUGUUGAAGACCUUGAUCCACACGGACCACAUUGUCUCAUUCAUGGACAGCUGGGAGGCCGGUGGCCACCUAUACAUUCAAACCGAGUAUUGUGAGGAGGGUAGCUUGGAUGUAUUCCUCGCCCAGGUUGGCCUCAAGGCCCGACUGGAUGAUUUCCGGAUCUGGAAGAUCUUGCUCGAGCUGACCUUGGGACUGAAACACAUUCACGACCAAGGAUUCAUCCAUCUGGACCUCAAACCAGCCAAUAUUCUUGUUACUUUUGAAGGUGUCUUGAAAAUUGGUGAUUUCGGUAUGGCCACUCGCUGGCCUGCUGAAGAUGGUAUUGAAGGCGAAGGCGACCGAGAGUACAUUGGGCCGGAGAUUCUCAUGGGCCGUUUUGACAAGCCGGCGGAUAUUUUUUCUCUAGGUUUGAUCAUAUUCGAGAUUGCUGGAAACGUUGAACUGCCGGACAAUGGUCUAUCCUGGCAGAAGCUUCGGAAUGGCGACAUGAGCGACGUGCCCAGUCUGACUUGGAGCUCGGAAACCAGCAUCUUCCGUGACGCCUCGGGCAACCCUGUCUCGGAAGAGUCCUCAUUUGAGGAGCUGUGUGCAUCGGACCUGGGCUAUGAGGAUUUUGGUGAAGAAUAUUUGACCUGUCGCAAAUUGACCGAACCGAAACAGCCUCGACUGGCUCGAAGCGGCGAGCUUAUCAACCCUCCGGACUUCAUGGUUGAUUCUCACCAUCCACAAGCGUUGGACAAGAUUGUCCGAUGGAUGAUCUCCCCCGAGCCGCUGGAUCGACCGACCGCAGACCAGAUCCUGGAAACAUACGGGCUGCAGUUUGUGAAUCAGCGUCGCCGGGCUGGAGCCACAGUUUUUGAGGGCAACUGGGGGCCCGCGGAUGAGAUCUUGGCUGAAGAUGCCGAAAUGAUCGAUGUGUAA